ACUGUAGGUGGAUGAAAGCGUAAGCACACUGUCCAUCCAGAUGACACAUAAAGCUGAACAUCGAUCAUGAUCUUGGGAGAGUUCAAAACGCUUCCCCAUCAUUCCAUUCGUAUCCCGUCACUAUGCAAUUGCUACGCAGCGGUAAUACACUGGUUUUGCUUUUCAUCUAUCCCGCAAUCAUCACGGCACAGAUCAGUACGGGUACCGGAGGCAGCAAUGUGGGCUCUCAAAGUCGGGCGCCAUUCCCCGUCUCGGUAAAUAGCAGUAAUAUCGCUAUUGCCAGACCUUCCACUCAGCUCACUGGAUCAACUACCACAGUAUCCUCAGGCCUUUCGUUGGCUACUCUCCCUUUGGUGACACAGAAGAAUGAUACGGUUGUGGAUAACAUCACGGGCACGUAUUUGUCAACGGCAUCUACUACUUCUUCCAAUUCUUCAGGCUUCCUUUCGGUCGCGCCUAUCGCCUCGUCUUCCACGCUAUCUCCAGUCCUGUCGGGUGCCGCCACUUUUCAUUCGGGAGGGACCAGUACUACCAACGUAACGACUGCAUCAAGCUCCAAUACCGAAGCUACGGCCAGUAGCGCAACAAGCCUCAAUCCGACUGCGCAACCUACUGCAGUUAGUUCAGUAUCCGACGUUGUCUCCUCACUGCUAUCGGUAACGUCAACUAGCCUAGUACUACCUCCUGGAAUUACCAAUCCUCCGUUGCCAGUCACUACUCUGGUACCUACUGGAACUGAAGUUCAGUCAAGCGCGUCGGAUCUCCCCAUAGCCAUCGCAGAAAUUUUUCCCAUUCUUCAGAAUUGGAUAGAGGAUCCUGCUGCUCAUGUUAUUAGUGUGACAGACGAGCUGAACGUUAUCCUACCCGCAGCGGUUGGCUUCUUGGCCAAACUACCAAAGCCAACAGACGGAGUCGAGCUGUGUGUUUCUGGGAAACGCCGAAGAAGCGAACAAGGAUCGUGACAUGCCCAAUAUACUCGGCGAGCGCGAUUUGCUUGGUGGCUUGUUCAAGACAGCAUUCUCGCUCGUGAACUGUGUCAUCAACACGACCAACAAGGUGAAAGAUGCAGUUGUCGGCGGAACGACUGCUGCAGUAAAUACUAUCAAGGGCCUGCAAGACGACCUCAAGCCAUUGCUCGAUGCUCUCAACGACGUCGUGCCGAAUGAAAAUUCCGAUCCCUCUGACUCGGCAUCAGAGACAGAAGAACCUACGCAGACUUCCUCCUCUACCUGUACCCUAACGACAGUUAGCAACUGCGACAUCACAUGUACAGCGACUGCAACUACAACUAUAGAAGGGCCAAACAGGCGGGCGCAAGGCCACGUUUGUAC